GGCGAAUGAAAUAUGGAGGAUGAAAAUUCUUUGGAAAAGUCCAUUAAAAAGCUUAUAGCGACACUUAAAGAUAGAAAGACGAGCAAUAUAUACAAUGCACUUGUCAAGCUUCGUACAAAGUAUCUCAAGGCGAAAAAUGGAAUCACUAUUUUCCGGGAAAAUGAAGGAAUCAAAGUUCUACUGCAUGUCAUUAGAAAAAAUAUGGAAACCCAGAAAAUGAUUGACAUUUCACUGAGCAUACUUGGGAAUUGUUGCAUGGAGGUGCAUUCAAGAGAACAGGUUAUAGGGGAAGGUGGAUUGCACAUAUUAGUGAGUCUGUGUGAAGAGGCUGAGAUUGAGAGUAUACAGAACAGAGCAUGUCGUACAAUAGCAAACCUUUGUCUUGAAGACACAUUCAUCACUGAUGUACACAGAACAGAUAUUGUAGAAUUUAUCAUUGAAUUUCUACGCCAGACUAAGGACAAUGAUUGUAAAAUGACUUAUCUGAGAACCUUGAGGUUGUUAUGCAACACAGAGCAACAUUGUAAGAAUGUACUCAAGUUCUCUGGAAUGGUUGCCAUAGCGAUGUGUUUGAAGACAGAAGAUCCAGGGGUGAAGAGGGCAAGUCUACGUGGCAUAGUGGAGAUACUUCAACACAGAAGUACAAGAGAUGCUGUGUCUCAGCUGGUUGAGGCUGAUAUCUGUGGGCCAUUAUUUCAACUCCUAGACUCUGAUGACACCUAUAUUAAGAAACUAACACUUCAAACGAUCUUGACCCUCGUCAACUUUUCUGACAUCAGACCCUCCCUCGGCAAUGCUGGGGUGGUAGAGUUAUUCAUUACUAAGAUUAAGGAUUCACAAAGCACCAACGACUCAAAACUGAUCAUUCCAUAUUUGAACAGUUUAUGCUUAUUUUGCCACGAAUCUGUAAAUCGAGCCAAAGUUAGGAAUUUAAAUGGACUUGAGUUGUUGCUAGGAUACCUCCAAGAUGAUGGUCUCUAUAGUAACACAGCACAACGAUUGAAGAUCUUGAAUGCAUUGAUCUGCUUCAUAUAUGAUGAACAGGGAAUGAACAUUCUACUUGAGAAAGAUUUAGUGAAAAUAUUGGUUGUGAUUUUGAAGAAAGAGAAUCAACCAAAUGAUGAACCAUUGGACUUAAACAAAGAGGACAAACCCUUGAAAGAGGAGAGAGAAGAGAAUAUGAGAAAAGAUAAAAAAUGUGAGGAGGAAGACACCAAAGAACCUCAAACUGAUAAUAAUGACAGUAAUGAAAUCGAUAAGACUUUGGUUAUAUCUGACAGUGAAGUUGAAACUCUACUGAUUGAUAGUAAACAUAGGGAAACAGCACCAGUGGACAUUUCUGUUUCUAGUUACAUAGGCAUCUCAUCACAAGAUAGCAUAACUGAGAGCACAUCAACAAGCUCAUUUAAGAAUUCUAGUACUCUUUGUACAGCAGAGAUAUCAUCUAUCAUGUCCCAGUCCACAACAAAAUGUCCUAAUUCAAAUUCUGACAUUUCUCCUAUUGCAACACCCGCAAAUGAAAUUCCAAUAAAUUCUUCCCCAGUUGCGGGUUCUUCAUGGCAGAUCCCUGGCCCUUCCUCACCUCCAAUUUCAUCCUCUCAGUACAGUCCCAGAAGCACUGUGUCAUACUUCUCACCUGAGUGGUCUCCUGAACACAGCAUGGCGUAUAUGUACCCCUAUUCUCCUACAAUGAUGUCACCUACCAGGGGAGGGAGCCCAGUUAACUUUGGAACAUUCAGUCCUGGUGCUUCACCCCAGUGGUCACUUUCAGAUAACAAUGGCCAAGUUUCUCCCCAGUGGUCACCAGUCCACAGCAUAGAUAAUGCAAUCUACUCUUCAGAAGAGGAGGUAGAAAAUGAAGAAAAGCAGACAGCAAAUGAAGUUCAACUUCCUGCCACUUUAGAUGAAGAACUACAAGACUCAGAUAAAGAAUCCAAAGAGUCGAGUGACCAGUCUGAUAAAGCAAAGGAUAAAAGACUCUCAUUCAGUGAAGAGAAGGAAGAAGUUGAUUGUAUCGAUCUAGAAAAUGAAAAACAAAUAAACCAUGUGGAACAUAAAAUCUUGAUUCUACUCUCAGCAAUAUCACAUAUGGAAGACCCCACCAAAUAUUUGUGCAAUAAAGACUGCCUAUCAGCUCUCUUGGGGAGUGUCAAGGCAUCCUCUUCCAAAGACUCUAGAGCCUUUAGAGUUCUUACAAGGAUAUUCAGGAACCCCCUUUGCCUUGAGAAACUCAUUCUUCUUAAAGCCCCUCUAAUGACUCAUCAACAUCUGUGCACUGAUAUUGAUGACAUCAUAAAAAGAACAGAAGGUGGUUCCAAACAUGAGAAAUCAUCCUACAAUGUGAAUGUGGUUGAUUUUGGUGAGAGACUUCUUGAGAGUCUUCGUAUGGUUGCCACAGGAGGAUACGGGAAGGGUGUGAUGUCACAUGCAAUUUUGACUGGUUCAUUUGAACAACAGCGUGAAGCAGCCAUCUCCUUGGUAUUUUUGUGUGCAAGGAGUGCUGGUUUACAGAAGCAGCUUCUUCUAGACAUGAAGGUCAUCACAUUGUUGUUGGAGUCUCUCGGGUCUGACAAUAGCAGCUUCAAUUGUGACAUCACAAUAGCUCUACAUUAUCUGGCCAAAGAACUCAACUUAGAGCAUGUAUUGGGUUCAAAUCAGAAAAACAAAUACCUUACAUCUGAGUGUAAUCCCCCUGGGAAAAAACGAAAACUUUUGAGUGAUGCUGAAAUUAAUGAAUGUGUUUAUGAGACGACGCGAAAUCACCAUGAUCUCAAGUUUUCUUUAGAUGGUGGAAUUGUUACAGCACAGCGUGCCAACAUGGUUGAUCAGUCAGAUGUGUUCACUGCCAUGUUAAGUGGUCAUUAUGCCGAAUCUAGUCAAACUGAAAUUGAUCUCCCUAAAGUUGGAAUGGAUGCAUUCCGAGUAUUAGUCCAUGCUAUCCAUGGCUGUAGCAUGCAGUGCCAUAUUAAAAACAUCCCAACCGAAGUGAAGCUUCGGUGUUUGUUAGAAGCAUUUCGAUUGGCUGAUCAGUACAACAUUCCCAUAAUGCAUCUGGAAUUAGCAGACGUUAUCUUCAAGGGCCAUAUAAAUGUAUCAAACACAGACCUGCUCUACCAAACAGCUAAGCUACACCACUGUGAGCAAUUGGCCCACAAUGUAUUAAGCUAUGCCCUAUUAGCAGACGUUUCUCCACAGGAAAGGACUUCUCUAAUGGCAUCCCUAUAUGAUAAUUCGGACAAUACUAUGUUAGUUGAGGACUUUACAAAGAUUUUUACAAAGGCAAUAUCUCAUAAAUAGCAAUGUUAUCUUCAUAUCAUGUUUCAGUCAAAUGUUACCAAUCUACACAGGCCAAUUUUUAUGUUUUGGGAUCAAAGUAUCCGAACCAUACAGGGCAGUUUUGCCUUCAUUUGCAACAUUAUUUGAGAAAUAUAGCAAAAAAACAUUUUAUUAAAUAACUACUUUAAACCCUGUCUUACAAAAAACAAUGUCACCACCAGUAUUAUCUUGGAUUACAGAUGUUGACUGGACCUAGAAAUAACCAAGGCAAACUAAUAGAAAAUUAUCUGAAUAAAUA